CUUGUUUUCUGACCAGAGUAUUGGUUGAGUGACAUUUUUGGUGCGCCAUUAUAGAGUUUCGUUUCAACUUGCUGCCUAGCUUGCUGGGAAGACGGGAAGACAUGUACAAAACAGGAACAAAUAGAUCCGGAUCGCUGAUGGCCAUUCUUUUCUGGAGAUGCCAAACUUGUUUGCUCUUUUCUGGAACUGAUGCAUUUUCCUAGACGGCGUCCCUCUUGGAUACCCAUGCUUUCUCCUAGACGGCGUCCCUCUUGGAUAACCAUUCGUUCAUUGUCUGCAUCAAGAAGGUUGUUACCGCUAUGUGUUGAGUGCUACCGUAAAACUAUCGUACCACCGGUACCAUGUUGGAAAUAAGACAGCGAGGCGGGUAGUCCGUGCCUGAGACUGUUUGGAAGAUUGGUAAAUGCGGUAAUCUAGCCAGAGCAAAAUUAAACAUUCACCCAAGUUUACCUCAACUACGAUAAAUACUGUAAGCACGAUGUGUCAAUAACCGUCGCGGCAUCGGUAGCCUUAGCAGCCGUGACCAUCCAAAGUAAUUACAAUUUUGUUUGGCUUUUGGAAUGCUCCCGAUGGGGAGUGCAAGAUCCCUGCACGAUCGCGUUUGAUCCAGAACGACACCACCAGCGAGGAUCAAAGAUCAAAGAAACACAAAAAGUCCAUCGAAGAAACCCUCUCCUGAAGUCCUUCGCUCAAGUUGUUGAUAGUGGACCUGUUGUUCUCAACAAUUAGAAAGCGUGUCUAUCGAAAGGUCAAGUCAAGGAAGAGGCAGCAAGUGCACAAAUCCGAUCAAAGCAAUUCCAAAUCUGAAGGACAGUUGCUUUUACUAAACUCGGAAGAUACCCCACCAAUCGGAAGUAGCAGCAGUUUGACACGACAAUCAUAAUGGCGGAUCCACAAUUGGUAGCGCUCAUGGCGGCGAACCUGAAAAAGCAGGCGGGAAAACAAGAAGCUGAGGAGGUCAUUGUUGCCAGCGGAGAUGUCGCAGCAGGGCAAAAGCCCAAGCAGAAGAAGAAGCCUCCACCGGGCGCACAGCAAAUCGGAAUGCAAGCAAUGCUCUUGCAGGAGGCCACCAAGAAAGGGAAUACUCUCAAGGCAACACCUAAAACGUGGGGUGUCCAGCAGCCUGAUCUGAAGAAAUAAAAAGAGAACGACAGUUUGACAACCCAAGUAGCAAAUGCAAUCUACACGAGGCGAUUCUUUGGUUAACGAGCUCCACAGAUACCAUUGCUUGCUUCACAGCGAAAUAUAACAUUAAAAACUAUUCCAAUUUACAAUUUACCAUCUCUGUCCAAUUGCGUAAGUCGGUCCAAUGCAUGGCGUUCUUUGUAAAGUAGGGUAGGUUUGAUACCGGUACCGUCCUUUGUGUGCCUAAAGAACAUACCGCAAUAGGUGAAUGAGGCUGAUCGAGUGGCCCAAAGCUCAUUGACGAGGCACGGCCAGCUAUUGGGGCAUUUCGCGGAUGUCACGUGGAGCAGACCAUGAAAGCGGCAAACAAGCUCCUCUCUUGGUUCGAGGACAUCCCUCAUUUGGACGGCUCAGAAGAUAUUCUUGCCGUCUCGUGAGAUGACUUGCUCUAGUCUAGCUAGUACUAGUAGUCUAAUGUUAUUUUAUUGUGCCAUGGAAACUCGAGAACGGCCUAGCGCGCUUCCUUCUUCCGGGGAAUGUCAUCCGUACCGGUACAGCUACACCCUACCGGUACUAGCUAGAGUAGAGCUUAUUCAACUCUUUCGAACCGAUCACCGAUCAUCAUUCGGCAUCCGGAAGUCGAAGAAGCAAGCGACUUCUGGCUAGUAGCUAUGCCGAACGUGGGAGCCAGGAAGCUCUAAAUGCGACACAGAGUGGUGGCUGACAAGGACAGGGCGCAUUUUGGUUGCCACCUUCUACAUGUAGCUGGAUGGCUAGCUCUAGAGGUUUUGAGAUGGCUGAAUGCCCCGUCUUCCGCCCGCCACUGAACGGAAGCUGACCGGUCCCCAAUCAUUCAUUUCCUUUCCUUUGCCACUUUGGAGAGACAGCUUGUAAUGCUUGAUGGGCCACCUCACAGAGUUAUCUAGCUCCCUGUUUUCCGGCGGCUAAGCGGAGCAAUAGCUUUGAGUGCCCGUGUAUCCCUACCGGUAGCUCCAGAGUAACUAAAAAAGGAGUUUUUAGGAGCCA